CUGCCAUUUAAGACAAUAGGAGACGGCGAAGAAGACCCUCCCUCCUCCUCCUCCUCCUCCUCCUCCUCGGCCAUAUUGCAUUAACCAAAACGUACUCUUCUUCCAUCGACGUAUACCUUUAGUUUUACGGCGAUGACUCAAACAGUUCAGACCAACGGGGUUCAAGCCCUGAGUAAGACCUGGGAGUUGAGCCUUUAUGAACUGCAAAGAACUCCACAGGAAGCUAUAACAGAUGGGUUGGAGAUUGCCGUUUCGCCCAGGUCAUUACACAGCGAACUCAUGUGUCCCAUCUGUCUGGAUAUGCUUAAAAACACCAUGACGACCAAAGAAUGCCUGCACCGUUUCUGUGCUGAAUGCAUUAUCACUGCUUUGCGAUCUGGCAAUAAAGAAUGUCCGACGUGUCGCAAGAAAUUGGUUUCCAAGAGGUCACUGCGUCCUGACCCUAAUUUCGAUGCCCUGAUAAGUAAAAUUUACCCCAGCCGAGACGAGUACGAAGCACACCAGGAAAGAGUGCUGGCUCGCAUCAGCAAACAUAACAACCAGCAAGCACUUUCCGACAGCAUAGAGGAAGGACUCAAGAUACAAGCUAUCACCAGACUGCAGCGUGGUAAAAGACAAACGGUGGAGAAUGGCAGUGGCGCUGAAGACAACGGAGACUCCUCACACUGCAGUAAUGCAUCUGUCCACAGCAAUCAGGAGGCCGGCCCGAGCAUAAAACGCACCAAGACGAGUGACGACAGCGGACUCGAUAUGGACAACGCCGCUGAGAACGGAGGCGGCGACUCCGUGAUUGACAGCGGCGCCAGCGAAAUAGAACUGGUUUUCAGGCCUCAUCCCACACUAAUGGAGAAGGAUGACGGUCACAACAGUGUGGAGUUUGUGCCUCGCUACAUAAAGACAUCUGGGAACGCCACGGUGGAUCACCUGUCCAAAUACUUGGCUGUGCGUCUGGCAUUGGAGGAGCUUCGAAGAAACACCGAGGCCAGUCCCGUCAAUGUAGACGCGGCUUCGGAGAAACAGUACACCAUCUACAUACCCACUGCUGGCAACCAGUUCACUGUCCUGAACGGUUCCUUCUCUUUGGAGCUGGUCAGCGAAAAAUACUGGAAGGUGAACAAACCGAUGGAACUAUACUUUGCCCCUACUAAAGAACACAAGUAAGGCGGCCUCAGUCAUUAAGUACAGCUGUGGAGCUGGACCAACCUCUCUACACAAAGAAGGUGAACUGUGUCUGAAGGAAAAGGGGAAGAUUCUCCAAUCCUCAGAAAUGACUCUUGUAAAAAGAAAACUCUUUUCUUAUAUCCCCUCAAUAUCUUCGUGGUUUUUUUCCAGUAGCGGUUAGCAGCGUCCGACAGGUUCAACCCACUAGCUAGUAGAUGAAUUCACCAGGGUCUUUCUGUUGAUGAUGGUUUUUCAACAAUAAAUUUACUGUACUUGUCUUCAUGAAGCGCCCAUUUUUUUGUAGUUUUUACUCAGUCGAUGAUUGGAUGAGAGUUUAUUAUUGAUAUUGGUGUCUUUGGUGCAUGUUUAAUGUCAGAAAAUUGGACUGUUAGGUCAAAACGUGCCAUCGCAUAGUCACCAAUCUACCAACCUUCUUACCGUCGACAUUACAGGUUCUGUUUAAUGAUUGCCGACAAGUUGAGCUGGCACUUUGCAGUGGAAAUGCAGCGUAGAAACUGAGGCACCCAAGAUGGCCGCCAGUCGUGAUGCGUCCAAUCAUCCUGCUGCUGUGAGUUUAAAUGAGUUUUUCACAGCGGAAUCGAUAUCACGGGGCAAAAAAAAAAAAAGAUAUCGGUGCAACACCAGGGGUGAAAGUGACUAGAAUUUCUUGGCGGAACUCCCCGACGUGAAGGUCGCCACGGAGCCAGAAAUUUUUUAUUUUUUUUUUGGGGUGGGGGUCAAACCUCUCAAACUGCUGAAAUGCUAAGAAAACUGUUUUAGCACUAUUUAGCACUAAUUGUUAUUUCUAUAACACAUACAAAUACUGAUUUUCAUUCAAAAUUGUAUUUUUUUUCCCAAUGAUUUGCAAAUUAAAAGUUAACAAAAAGAGCAAUAACCCCAACCUCCAUCUCCUAAUUUUUAUUUUCCCUCAUUUCCUCACAUUCUAAAUACCAAAUCUCAAUUUUAACUAAAGAACAUAGGAUAUAUAAUAAAAUUGAAGUUAAUGUAAACAUUUACCUUUUUUUUUAAAAUAAUAAUAAAGAUAUAAGUAACAUACAUUCAGAAAAAUAAGUACAAAUGACAUAUUAUGCAGAGUGAACUGGAAUAGAUUUUGAAGAUUGCGCAAACAUUGACUUUUUGAAAUCAUAAGGAAAUGAAUAAGUAUCCUAACAUAAAUGAAGAAAUAUAGUCCAAAGUGCACAUUGACAGCUAAGAUGUUUUGAACCUCCCCAGCAGAGCAAAUAAAACUAAAUAUGAUAAAUAAGCCUCCUCAACUCUUUCCUUGUUCUUAAAGAUUUGCAUUGCUCUUUUUUUGUCGCGUCAAUUCAACAAGCUUUUUUUUUUUUUUGCUGUUCCAGAAAA